UUCAUAAAAUAUGAACCACGCCCCCAAGUUCUAGUUCCACCCCUUCCUUACGCACGCCUUUCCUCACCAGCUGUUGUGAUGUUUUCCUUCUUGGGAAGUAAUGGAGGAAGACCUUGAGCAGUCGACCCAAGGCUGGCUAGGGGGCUGGCUGCCUGCCUGGCGUCCCACCUCCAUGUCCCACCUCAAGAACGUGGAAGCUCGGAUCCUGCAGUGCCUCCAGAACCGAUUUGUGGCCCGAUACAUCUCCCUUCCAAACCAUGCCAAGAUCUGGACCGUAUCACUGUCUCCAGAACGGGCCAAGGGACGCACCCCCCUGGUGAUGGUGCAUGGCUUUGGUGGGGGCAUCGGACUCUGGAUCCUCAACCUAGACUCGCUGAGCCAACGUCGCCCUCUCCAUGCCUUCGACCUCCUGGGGUUUGGCCGCAGUUCCCGGCCCCCCUUUUCCCGGGAUGCCCAGGAGGCCGAAGAGGAGUUUGUGAACUCCAUUGAGGCCUGGCGUCGGGAGAUGGGCAUCCCCAGCAUGAUCCUGCUUGGCCAUAGUCUUGGUGGCUUCCUGGCAGCCUCCUACAGCUUGCAGUAUCCAGAGAGGGUGAAACAUCUGAUCCUCGUGGAUCCCUGGGGCUUCCCCAUGCGUCCGUCCGACCCGGCUCAGAUCCGCACCCCUCCAACCUGGAUCAAGGCUGUGGCGACGGUGCUGGGACGGUCCAACCCUCUGGCUGUGCUUCGAGCUGCUGGGCCCUGGGGGCCUGGACUAGUGCAGCGCUUCCGUCCAGACUUCAAGCAGAAGUUUGCCGAUUUCUUUGACGACGAUACCAUCUCGGAGUACAUCUACCACUGCAAUGCCCAGACACCCAGUGGCGAGGCCGGGUUCAAGGCCAUGUCGGAGGCGUUUGGUUGGGCCCGGCGCCCCAUGUUGGAACGCAUCCACCUGGUGCGCCACGACUUGCCGAUCACUCUCAUCUACGGUGCCAAUUCCUGGAUUGAUACCAGCACCGGUGAGAAGGUCAAGAGCCUGCGGCCAGGGAGCUACGUCUGUGACAUGGCUAUUCCGGGUGCCUCCCACCACGUCUAUGCCGACCAACCCCAUGCCUUCAAUGCUGCUGUGGCAGAGAUCUGUGACUCUGUUGACUGACCGCCCGUGACCCAGAAGAGCUGGUGCGACGCACACAAGAAACACAACGCACACGCAAGACAUCGCUCGUGCUCCCCGAGAAGCGGGGACGCCAGCUCCUCAAGAUGGCCGCAAGCUGGUCUUGGAGGAUACCUGCCCCCCUCCCCCCCUCCCCAGAUUUGUCCCUGAAUCUUCAUUCUAACUUAAAGGUUGCAGGCCGCCUGCUUUGGGUUAAUCGAAGCUCCAAUCAUUUUAUUUUCCCCUAAUUUCAUGUGCCUCCUGGUGUGCUUUAUCCUGCCUCCCUCCUCCAAGACAUUCCUCUUUCUGUGCUGCAACAGGACUGUCCUCCUCUGCUACCUCACCCACCUUUCCGACCCCCUUGGCUGUUGGUUCUUCCUAUCCGUUUUGUUUUUUGCAACACCAUCCACAGUAUUUGCAUGCUGGAAAGCUUUUUUUUAAAAGAAUAUUUUCUGUUGCAACCACUGAUGUCACACCAGGGUAACAUUUGCUUACACCUGCACUCUCUCUCAGGCUGGUGGUUAAAUGUGGAGACUGUUUUUCUCCCUGCCAGAGAUGCUAUUGCUGAUCCGGUCAGUCAAGGCUACUUGGUUUAUUAAGCUGGAGGGAAUGCAAUUAUAUUUCCCUUUGGCAGAUGCCACUUUUAACCUCACCUAAAUCAAGGAGACAGCCAGGAUUGGAGGGGAAUUGGGAUAUAUGUUCCCAUUGACCCUUUCUCCUUAAGGGGGCGCUGUUCUGUACCGAUACCCGCUUGAAUGGUCAUUGGCUGUGGGAGAGGGCUCUGGCCAUGUCUGCUCACCAAUAGGAGAGCAUGAUCAGGGUGUGCACAUCGAGGGAGUCUGGGCCCUUCGUGGGCUGCCAUGCGAUGCUCCAGGCACGAUGCAAAGACAACAACUCUGAAGGCAGUCCCAAAUCAGGACAGUAUACUGAGUUUGGGAAGCGGGCAUGGGGCUAAGACCUCCAGCCACAUCAGCUGGGAUCAAGAAAGCAGGGGGGGGGGCAGUUGUGGCUUGAGCAUGAUCUGCUGGCCCCACUACAUCCUCCCUAAUGCUAGGGGAGAAUCAGAAAACUAGAACAAGGAAAUGAUAGGUUGUCCUUCUAAAGGAAGACCCCUUUAGCACUUAUGUGGCAGGGAGGGGAGGCUGAAAACAGCCCAGCAUCCUCCAUCAAACACAGAGCUGGCCAGUAUUUGGAGCUGUUUGUAUCCCUUGGCCACAACUGUUUCUGCAAUCUCAUGAUAUUCACAAACUCUGUUUUUGCCGUUUGUGAAUUAGCCUUUUUUUUUUUGCAGGGGCGGAGGAAUUUCAUAUUUUAAGAAGGUUUGAGAAUCCUGACAUAACCUCAGAACUGUUCAGUUUAUGUACCGUUGUCCAACUCCGGACGGCAGCAGCAGUCAAAAAUUGGCUAGAGAGAGAACAAGCACAGUUGGCUUUCACAGCGCAAGAGUUUUGGGAAUCACUCCUGCUCUGCUCUCUCACUUGAGCCCCACCUAGUGGUGAAAAGCAGACAAUGAAGGCACCUAGUGGCGCAGGUUGUGUGACCAUUCCCCCCAUGUGAUGGGUUCCUGCCUGCAAAAGAUGCUCCUUUCUCUCAGACACUUACAUGUCCACAAUCCCUACUAACUGCCAUCUUGGUGGGAGGGCAGGAAAAAAAACCCCAUUGCCUGCUUUCUUCCUUUUCUAUUUUUGCUGAGAUGUUAGCUGUCUCGAACUCGCCCCCGCUGCAUGAGGCAAUGGCUGAGGUGGGGGAGAUGCACUUACUGAAAGGGCAAAAAUAAACAGAAUCCUGUCUCCUUAGGAUCAUUGGGAGCUGUGGCCUUCUAGUAGCGCAUGCGUGUGUAACCUGCUUGGUGGUGCCAUGUUAACGUUAUCUGUGGGAGGUUGUACCUAAUCACCUGCCGGUGCUUUGUAUAGAAUUCACCUUGGUUUGUACUAAAUUUUGUAUGUUUAGUAAAGUAAAAGGAAAGUGUUGUUUUGAAA